AGGAGAGCAGCGGUGAUGAUGGGAGCCUUUUUCUGAUUGGACAACUGUUUCCCUGCAUCGACCGACCAAUCAGUGACGAGCAGCAGAGUGUAUAAGGACCCCGCUGCUCGCGGGUUACCGAUAUCAACUCAGUGUUGUAGAAACUCGUCGAACAUGUCUGGUCGAGGAAAAACCGGUGGCAAGGCCCGCGCCAAGGCUAAGACCCGCUCAUCCCGCGCUGGACUUCAGUUCCCGGUGGGUCGUGUCCACAGGCUGCUCCGCAGGGGCAACUACGCCCAGCGAAUCGGUGCCGGCGCCCCCGUCUACUUGGCGGCGGUGCUCGAGUAUCUGACCGCCGAGAUCCUGGAGCUGGCCGGCAACGCCGCCCGAGACAACAAGAAGACCCGAAUCAUCCCUCGUCACUUGCAGCUGGCCGUCCGCAACGACGAGGAGCUCAACAAGCUCCUCGGCGGGGUCACCAUCGCCCAGGGUGGCGUCCUGCCCAACAUCCAGGCGGUCUUGCUGCCCAAGAAGACCGAGAAGGCCGGAAAAACAAAGUAGAUUUGUCACCAAAUCCCCAAAACGGCUCUUUUAAGAGCCACAUACUUGAUUCUGAAAGAGUUAUCCUUUAUUAUUUAUUAUAUUAUAUUAUGACGGACAUAACAAUGAAGCAGCUCUGGGUUUGGAAGUUAUGAAU